AUGAAAGAGAAGUCCAAAAAUGCUGCCCGGACUAGACGGGAGAAAGAAAACAGCGAAUUUUAUGAACUGGCUAAAUUACUGCCCCUGCCCUCGGCCAUCACCUCCCAGCUGGACAAAGCAUCCAUAAUCAGGCUCACCACCAGCUACCUCAAGAUGCGGGUGGUUUUCCCAGAAGGACUGGGAGAAGCCUGGGGCCACUCCAGCCGCACUAGCCCGCUGGAUAACGUCGGACGGGAGCUGGGAUCGCAUCUUUUGCAGACGCUGGACGGUUUCAUAUUCGUGGUGGCUCCGGAUGGGAAGAUCAUGUACAUCUCGGAGACAGCCUCGGUGCACCUGGGUCUGUCUCAGGUAGAGCUGACCGGCAACAGCAUUUACGAGUACAUCCACCCCGCCGACCACGACGAGAUGACGGCGGUGCUUACGGCCCACCAGCCCUACCACUCCCACUUCGUGCAGGAGUAUGAGAUCGAGAGGUCCUUUUUCCUACGGAUGAAAUGCGUACUGGCCAAGAGGAACGCGGGGCUGACCUGCGGGGGCUAUAAGGUCAUUCACUGCAGUGGCUACCUGAAGAUCCGCCAGUACAGCCUGGACAUGUCACCUUUCGAUGGCUGCUACCAAAACGUCGGUUUGGUCGCCGUGGGCCACUCGCUGCCGCCCAGCGCCGUGACAGAGAUCAAACUGCACAGCAACAUGUUCAUGUUCCGGGCUAGCCUGGACAUGAAGCUCAUCUUCCUAGACUCCAGGGUGGCUGAGCUCACCGGCUACGAGCCCCAGGAUCUGAUCGAGAAGACCCUUUACCAUCACGUACACGGCUGUGACACCUUCCACCUGCGAUGUGCACAUCACUUGUUGCUGGUGAAGGGCCAGGUGACCACCAAGUACUACCGCUUUCUGGCCAAGCACGGCGGCUGGGUGUGGGUACAGAGCUACGCCACCAUCGUGCACAACAGCCGCUCGUCGCGCCCGCAUUGCAUCGUCAGCGUCAACUACGUCCUUACGGAUACUGAAUAUAAAGGACUACAGCUCUCCCUGGAUCAGGUCACAGCUACCAAGCCGGCAUUCUCAUACGCAAAUUCAACUCUGACCAUAACGGAUAAUAGAAAGGGAAGCAAAUCUCGCCUCUCGAGCACAAAGUCAAAAUCAAGGACAUCACCGUACCCACAGUACUCUGGAUUUCACACCGAGAGAUCUGAAUCCGACCAUGAGAGCCAGUGGGGUGGGAGCCCCCUCACCGACACAGCCUCUCCCCAGCUGUUGGAGCCUGUGGACAGGCCAAGCUCCCAACAUCACGAUGUCUCCUGUGCCUACAGACAGUAUUCGGACCGCAGUGCUCUCUGCUAUGGUUUUGCACUAGAUCACUCAAGGCUAGGCGAUGACAGACAUUUCCAUACUCAGGCCUGUGAGGGAGGCAGAUGUGAAGCUGGCAGAUACUUCCUUGGCACACCGCAGCCAGGAAGGGAAGGCUGGUGGGGCUCCCGAUCAGCCUUACCCCUGACUAAGUCUUCCCCUGAAAGCAGAGAAGCGUAUGAAAACAGUAUGCCCCACAUAACUUCAGUGCACAGGAUUCAUGGAAGAGGACACUGGGAUGAGGACAGUGUUGUUAGCUCACCUGAUCCUGGCUCUGCCAGUGAAUCUGGUGACCGAUACCGUGCUGAACAGUAUCAGAGCAGCCCACAUGAGCCCAGCAAAAUUGAAACUCUAAUAAGAGCCACCCAGCAAAUGAUCAAAGAGGAAGAAAACAGGCUACAGUUACGGAAAACAACCCCUGAUCCACUAAUCUCCAUUAACGGCACAGGGAAGAAACAUACAAUUUGUUUUGCAAACUACCCGCAGCAACAGUUGGCAGGGGAUAUCUGCCGCGUCCCGACAGUUGCCAACACUCCUCCCUGCGAACACAUCCAGCAACGGGAUGGAAAGAUUAUGAGCCCUCAUGAAAAUGACUAUGACAACAGCCCCACAGCACUGUCUAGGAUAAGCAGUCCCAGUUCUGACCGAAUAUCAAAACCUAGCUUGGUUCUGGCUAAAGACUACCUGAAUACAGACAUGUCCCCUCAUCAAACGCCAGGUGAUCAUCCAGCAGCUUCUCCAAAUUAUUACAACUCCCACAGGCAGUACUUUGAUAAACAUGCUUACACAUUAACUGGGUAUGCCCUGGAGCAUCUAUAUGACACUGAAACCAUUAGAAACUAUUCACUAGGCUGCAAUGGAUCACACUUUGAUGUGACUUCUCACUUAAGGAUGCAGCAAGAUACAGCUGCAGGACACAAAGGGACAUCUGUUAUAAUAACCAAUGGAAGCUGA